UUAUUUAAAGGUUGCUACUACUCAGCAGCUCCAAGCUCACACAGAUCCAGUAAUCUAGCUCUGCAGUUGCAGCUAGCAAUGGCCAUGGAGCUCUCUAGCCUGAGGAGGUGCCACCAUCAUCUGGCACUGCUACUGCUCUUCCUGCUGGCAGGCUCCUCCAUAGCUUUGCCGGUGCAGCCUGAGAUGGAAAGGGUGCGUUGGCAGGUUGACAGGGUCAACCGGAGGGGCCCGUCCAUCGGGCUCGUCAUGUCGUACAUCGAUGAGGCCACUGCUCUCCAAUCCUCCGGCUACUUCAGACCUUGGCAUGCUCUCCCAUUCGUUGACCUCUAUGGAAGAAGGUUUCACAUCGGGAGUAUUAGAGGAGUCAAUGUUAUAUAUGCACUGACAGGACAACGCAGGUUGAAUGCGGCUGUCACUGUACAGACUCUCAUCGACGUCUUUAGUGUAUCUGGCAUUGUUCAUUAUGGCACAGCAGGAAGUUCUAAUGAUUCAAUGUCAUUUGGCGAUGUCAGUGUUCCCAAAUUUGUUGCUUAUACAGGGGCUUGGACAUGGAAGAAGUUCAAAUCAUUUAAAGAGUCAGAUUCAGAACUUAGCUUUGGAGAAUUUAACGUUCCAAAUGGAGGAGAGAAUCUUCUAGGAGCACUGAAAUUCAGAAAUGAGGAACUAUACUCAGUGGGAAAGCCUAUGAAGGAAGUUUUCUGGUUAUCCGUAGAUUCAACAUGGUUCAAAAUCGCACAAGAACUCAAGGUUACACUUGAAAGGUGUAACAACACUUUCUGCUUGCCAACAACCCCAAAGGUAGUCUAUGGGCUAAAAGGAUCGUCAGCAGAUAUGUUUCUAGACAAUGCAGAAUAUAGGAAGUUCCUUUUCAGAGAAUUUGGUGUGUCAACAGUAGAUGAGGAGAGUGCAGCAGUGGUUAUGACAACAACAUCUCCUGGCAUACCUGUGAUUGUAUUCCGGGGAGUUUCUGAUUUGGCUGGAGGGGAGCCAACAUGGUCGUCGACAAGCCUGAUGAACCUGGCAUCUAUUAAUGCACUCAAAGUGGCAGUGGAGUUCAUUGGUACAGUAGGCAAACAGAAGUCAACAACGCUAGCAGAAAGUGCUAGUAACUGAAGGAAAAAAAAUGGCCCCCAAGCUCAUCCAAUAAUGCCAAGGAAUAACAUAUUACAGCACUAAUUGGAAAGUGCAUUCAGAAUUAUAUGCUAUUGGAAAGUGCAUUCAGAAUUAUAUGCUUUCCUAGCUUCAAUUGCAUGUCCUCUCAAAUAAAGGAUACAAGUGUUUUAUAUGUAUGCAACUUGUAAGCAUACAUGAGCCAAUUAUUUUAUGUUUUUAUUGCAAGAGGAAUAACAGAUGGUGUUGCUUUCUUAUGAGAAGUCAACAAAUUUCAUCAGCACAAAAGUUUAAACCAUGACCCUGAAGUACACCAAAAAUGUAAAGAGAAAACAAAUAAGACAUGAGAAAGCUUUGCUGUGGAGAAAAGGUUCUC